GUAGAAGAAGACGAACGAAAUAGCUCUGUUUCAUUGCUGAUUACCCGCAGUCACCUACUCUACUCGACUUCUCCACCUCCCGCCGCCGUCGCACCAUGGCUGAGCCCGCCGCUACUCGUCCCCUCAAAGUCGUUGCCGGAGCGGACGCCUUCGGAGCCGAACUCAAGGAUGCAAUGGUUGCCCAUCUCCGCUCCCUCAACAUUGAAGUUGAAGACCUCGGCACCACCUCCUAUUACGAUGUCGGAGCGGAGGUUGGUCGCCGAGUCUCCACCGCCUCUUCAUCUGACUCCAAGGUUGAAGCCCGUGGUCUUCUCGCUUGCGGUACGGGUGUUGGAGUGGCCAUCUUUGCUAACAAGUUCCCGGGCGUUUACGCCACCACCUGCACCAACGCCAACGAUGCCCGUGACACCCGCGCCAUCAACAACUGUAACGUUCUUGCUCUCUCCGGCAAGUACACCCCCGUGGAGAAGGCUGUUGAAAUCCUCACGACUUGGCUCGACACUCCCUUCAAAUCUCCCUGCCCCGCUUCUGGGUCUCAGCCUUGGCCGCAAGAUAUUGCAGAUUUCUUCGAUCAAUCGCUUAUUGACAUGCCCAAAAUUGGCUGCCAACAAGAAUCAAAAGUCGAUUCUUCUGCCAUAUGUAGCCUGGUGCAAAACAGGGAACUGAAUCCCAUCGAUUUGAUGCCGGGAGGAUCGAUAAAGAUACUAAGGGAGAAUCCCGCCUCUGCUAUUUUGAAGUUUAAGGCAGGAAGCGUGCAGCCGGCACAUCACCAUACGUUUGGGCUUGAUUUUGUUGUCAUAAAGGGGAAGGAGAGCGUGUGGAAUUUGACAAAAGGGGAGAGGUACGAUUUGGGUGAUGGGGAUUACUUGUUUAUACCGGGUGGGGAUGUGCUAAGGGUGAAGUUCCAUGAGGAUACCGAGUUCUUCGUCAAGUGGGAUGGCCACAGGGAUAUCUUCGUGGAUGAAGAUUUUGAGACUGCCAAGAGUGCCAUAGAGAAGGAAGUAGCUAAUGGGUCUCUGUAAGAUUUUAAGCACUCAUGUUGGGUGCUCUCCUUUCUCUGCAUGUUGCAUAUAAAUAUAUAUGUUAUUAUGUUGUUUAUACUACAUAAAUCUUGUUGUGAAUUUGUGUUUAUGGUGAUAGAGUGUCUCAAGUCUGAGCUGUGGAAACUUGAGGAGCAUAUGAUGCUUAAGGCUAGCAGGAGGGAGGAAUAAAGGGUCUCUAUCCAUGUAACAAAACAUGUAUAAUGAAUAAUAUAUAAAUGAGCUUGCCUUUG